AUGGACCUUCCAGACCUCAGAAACGCCCGACGAGAACUUGGAGAUGCAACACCAGCAUUGAGCGGGCGGAAUGGUCCAGCUCUCCACGAUGAGCCCGGAUUAGGAACGAAGUUCGGAGCGGGAGAUGACGCCCCCGAACCACAAACCGCAACCCAGCCGCCACUGAGCGAUAGAGAGGACACGAGCAGCAGAACCGUGACAAGAAAACCAUCGCAGCCGCCAGCGGAUCGGCCAUAUUUGGGAAACAAGGCACGUGCCCCACCGCACCGGGCGAGCAUGUUCCAGUCCACCACCCGGACAAAAGGGCGAGACCUUGCACUCGACCUCGUCGCAACGCCCCUCGGAAACAGGCUUUCCUCCUCUCGCGCUGCUCGUAUAAACUCUGUGCGCUCUCGUCUCCCUCUGCAUUCACGAAUCAUGGCUGUCGCUACCUACGAGAUAUCUAACCCACUGCUCGGGCACAAGCCCGAGCCAAUAUCUCUGCCCCUACCGGCGCACACGACCUUCAAUUCCCGAACAACCGCGUUCCGCAACCGCACCCGCCCUAUCCCAAACUCCUACUGGGCCACCCCUUACCUCGUUGCAUGCGAGUUUCCGUACUGCCCAAUCACCCCGGCCAUGCUCGCCCACAAGCACACCAAGCAGAAGCUUGACGCCCUGCUCCUCGCCGGCGUCCGCACCUUCAUUGACCUCACCGAGCCCCAUGAGCUCUUCCCGUACGCUCCACAUCUCGCUGCGCGCUGUGCUUUGCUCGGAAUCGACGCCUGCGAGGUCGAGUACCACAACUUCCCCAUCCGCGACCGUAACCUGCCCGAGAGCGUCGAUUUUGUCCGCCGGAUCAUGGACGUCCUCCGCGACUGCGAGUGCCGGGCGCGCAUCGCUGCAGUGCACUGUCGCGGGGGGAUAGGUCGUACCGGGCUCAUCGUUGGCUGUUGGCUCGUCGAGUCGGGUGUCGCUAAGGACGGAGCGGGCGCGCUUCGCAUGAUUGCGGAGGAAUGGAAGACCGUCGAGAAGUGCAAGCGCUUCCCUUGCAGCCCCGAGACGGGCCCUCAGUUCGAGUUCGUGCGCAGCUUCCAGCGCUCGAAGCGUUCCAACUCUCCUCCGAGCCGGCUGCCACCGCCACCGUCACCUGCAACGUCCAAGUCCAGCGUGCAGGCGUCUGUGUUCACGCAAUGA